GCCGGGAGCGUGGCGGGGACCACAUCCCGUGGAGAGCCGCCGACAGAGCGCCGGGAGCCUGCGAGACGGGAGCGCCUGCCGGCACAGCCCGGCUGGGGACCCCGUGCUGGUGCAGCGCGCUGGGCACUUAUUAUUUGGGAGACCACUUGGAUAUGAGACUGUGCCCCAAGAUACGAGCAGCCUGAAUGUUUUGUAUGAAACAGGUGAUUCAUGGCAGGGGACGUGGAAGGGUUUAGCUCCUCCAUCCAUGACACCAGUGUCUCUGCAGGAUUCAGAGCACUGUAUGAGGAGGGAUUGCUUCUUGAUGUCACACUUGUCAUUGAAGACCACCAAUUUCAGGCCCAUAAAGCUCUGCUUGCCACCCAGAGUGAUUACUUCAGGAUUAUGUUCACAGCUGACAUGCGAGAACGAGAUCAGGACAAAAUCCAUUUGAAAGGUCUGACAGCUACAGGCUUCAGUCAUGUUCUCCAAUUCAUGUACUAUGGAACUAUUGAACUGAGUAUGAACACUGUUCAUGAAAUCCUUCAGGCUGCCAUGUAUGUCCAGCUUAUAGAGGUGGUAAAGUUUUGCUGCUCUUUUCUCUUAGCUAAAAUCUGCUUAGAAAACUGUGCAGAAAUUAUGAGACUUCUGGAUGAUUUUGGUGUAAACAUCGAAGGAGUCAGGGAAAAACUGGAUUCCUUUCUGCUAGAGAAUUUUGUGCCACUCAUGUCCAGACCUGACUUCCUUUCAUAUCUGAGCUUUGAGAAGCUCAUGUCUUACUUGGAUAAUGAUCAUCUGAGCAGGUUUCCAGAGAUAGAGCUGUAUGAAGCUGUUCAGGCCUGGCUGCGCCAUGAUAGAAGACGCUGGAGGCAUACGGACACCAUCAUUCAGAACAUCAGGUUUUGUUUGAUGACACCAUCCAGUGUUUUUGAGAAGGUAAAAACAUCAGAAUUUUAUCGAUACUCCCGGCAGCUGCGACAUGAGGUUGACCAAGCCAUGAAUUACUUUCAUAGCGUUCACCAACAGCCUUUGAUGGAAAUGAAAUCGAACAAAAUUCGUUCUGCCAAACCCCAGACUGCAGUAUUUAGAGGAAUGAUAGGACACAGUAUGGUAAACAGUAAAAUUCUUCUCUUGCACAAACCAAGGGUCUGGUGGGAACUAGAGGGUCCUCAAGUACCUUUACGACCAGACUGCCUUGCCAUUGUAAAUAACUUUGUGUUCUUACUAGGUGGGGAAGAACUGGGGCCAGAUGGUGAGUUUCAUGCUUCAUCCAAAGUGUUUAGAUAUGACCCAAGACAGAACACUUGGUUACGAAUGGCAGACAUGUCUGUGCCACGCUCUGAGUUUGCUGUUGGAGUUAUUGGGAGGUAUGUUUAUGCAGUGGCUGGGAGAACCAGGGAUGAAACGUUUUACUCCACUGAACGGUACGAUAUUACUGAAGAUAAGUGGGAAUUUGUGGAUCCCUAUCCAGUCAAUAAGUACGGACAUGAAGGGACUGUGCUUGGUAACAAGUUGUAUAUCACUGGUGGAAUUACAUCAUCUUCAACUUCUAAGCAAGUGUGUGUGUUUGAUCCCAGUAAAGAAGGGACAGUAGAGCAGCGAACAAGGAGAACUCAAGUGGUCACUAACUGUUGGGAGAACAAAUGCAAAAUGAACUAUGCAAGAUGCUUUCACAAAAUGAUUUCUUAUAAUGGUAAGCUUUAUGUCUUUGGUGGUGUCUGUGUGAUCCUGAGGGCCUCCUUUGAAUCUCAAGGAUGUCCUUCUACAGAGGUGUAUGACCCCGAUACGGAUCAAUGGACUAUAUUGGCUUCUAUGCCAAUUGGUAGGAGCGGUCAUGGUGUAGCUGUUUUGGACAAACAGAUAAUGGUUCUUGGAGGCCUUUGUUACAACGGUCAUUACAGUGAUUCAAUUCUCACCUUUGAUCCAGAGGAAAACAAAUGGAAAGAGGAUGAAUAUCCAAGGAUGCCAUGCAAGCUGGAUGGCUUACAAGUCUGCAGCCUGCACUUCCCUGAGUAUGUUUUGGAGCAUGUUAGACGUUGCAGCUAAAACUGAGUGAACAACCCAGUGAAAGACAAAAAGCUAUACCUAAUUUGUUAAAAAAAUACAAACCAAUUAAAUUCCUUCAGAGACAUUUUCCUUGUGUGUAAGAACAAAUGCUAAAUGCUCAAGAGAAACAGGAUGUACAGGGAGUGUACUUACCAAGUUUAUUAGAAAAGCCAAUAGUUAGUCUGACCUUGUAAAAGCUUUGUUGUUUUGGGUUUUUUUUAACAUAACUGUAAGUACAAAAAAAAUAAAUUUUUGAGUGUGCUUGGGUUUUUUGUAAUAUUUUAUGUCCGUAAUAUUUUCUCUUUUUUUUUUUAAUGGCCAUUAUGCCAUUAUGCUUUUGAAUUAAGUUGAGUUUGACAGAAUAUUUGUGAAAGGCAGAGAAGAAAGACUUGAUUAGCAGUUUUUUGAGCAUCAAAAUAAACCUCAUCAUCUGUACUAGGGUACAGCCAGAUCUAAGAUAACAAAACCAAACCCUUUCUGUGUUUUAUGUUGUUUUUUAGAUGCUUUUCCCAUUAACUGCAAAGAAUUCUUAAAUCUACUAGGUGUUUUGAUUUUCCCUUAUUUACUUUGGAGAAGAAUUUUAACCCCUUUGCAUGACCUUUUUCCUGGUUUUGUAUAGUGGUACCAGUAAGUCUGCCAAACUGCAAAUUACACAUUUUCUACUGAAUUGAAAACAAAGCAUUUUUAUAUUCAAAACACUGUUUCUAUGCUGCCUUCUAUUGUCUGCGUUGUGUUUGUUGGUGAGUAAAAAAAGUAUAUAUACAUGUGCAUACACUGUAAAAACUGUAUAUAAAUGCAUCUUUUUAUUUGCAGUUACAAUAUUAUAUUUUAACUAGUGCACAGAUUCAGCCAUAUCUGUUGAAUUUAAGGUAUUCUUUAAUAAGCUAAAUAAUUCAAAGUUCUUAAGUAACCAGAGGCCUCAUUUGGUAUCAAAGUAUCUUAUCUUUAGUAUAUACUGAUUGAUUCAGUAACUUUAAACUCUUUAUAUUGUUCCUACAUAAUGAACUGUUGAUUAUUUGUUAUUUUAUAAAUUAUUUUUUAAAAAGUAAAUUCAUCUUACCUGAAUUUCUUUUCAGUUUCAAUGUGCUGCCCAGUUUUCUUUUUUCAUGAAAAUGGAAAAUAUCAAUAAGCAAAUGCUCAGCACUGCUGUGACCCACAGUUAUUUUUGGAACUGGAUACUGGAUAUACUACAGUUUAUUCUCAGUACUUUGCUUGUACUCACAUUUCAGUAUGAGUACUCGUAUUGAAGUGGUGUAAUCUUUUCAUUAUUAUUAUUUUAAUUAUUAACUGUUAAGAACUACUGUGUUUUGAAAAUGUGGGGUUAGGUGAUUGGAUGGUUGAUGUAAUUUCUGUUUCUUUUGUAAAAAAACCUACACAACUAUGGCUACUGACCUCAGAGUGCCUGAAACGAGAUGUGUGGUCCUAGAGGGCUUUGAAUAACUCCAUUGAGUUUAACUUACAGAUAUAACUGACAGUAGAUUGGUAAGAAUUAUCUACCAAGACAUAAAUAAUAACAGUAAUUGCAUUUUGAUUAUCUUUAUGGAUGUGAAAUAAGCCACUUCUAGAACCUAAAGGAGAAGUUGAAGGCUCACAGUUCAGAUGCUGAAACAGGCAGCUGCAUAUUCUGUAAAAUCUUAUGCUGCUGUGUUUCACUUCAAGCAAUAGACUUUACUUUAUAUGCAGCAAUGCAAAACCACUUUAUUCAGCAUCUUCCAGUCAGAAAUCACUGUAGAAAAGGAAUGUACAGUACUCAGGGAGUUCAAAAGAAUGCACUUACAAAGGGACCAAAAUCACCCUAAAUUUUCUAUGUUAAAAAUAACACCUAUUGUCUAAAUGAAGUUUGAAAUAAUAGGAGUUAAAACAACUUGUAAAAACUCCUCAUAUUGUGUUUUGAUAUUUUUGUAGUAAUUAUGUUCUGGGUUGAAAUGUGAGUAUUUGGAGCUAUAUGGCAAGUCAGCAUAUUUUUAAUUUUUUUUUUUAAUUAUUAGAAAUGAUUUAUUGAUCAAGUAUUUUCUUUUCAUAUGUUUUAAAAUAAAGAGGUAAUGCAUGCCAUCAUAGCUAUAGUGAUAAGCUAUUACAUCAGAAGUGACUGGACCAAAUACUGAUAUUCAGCCUUCUGAUGCAGGCUAGUUUGCAGUUAAAUUUGUCUUUUUUAAUAAGAAUUCAGUUGACUGAAUUAGAAACCUAAUUUACUUUCUUGAUAGCUUAAGUUAAAGCUGGUGUGGCUUACACUAAAACCUCAGUUUCACUACAUCGCCCUGUGUGGGUACAGAGAGAGACUGACUCCAGUAGGUGCUGGCUCUGUGCUGACUGUACAUAGUUCAUGGAAUAUUGAGGCACAAGAGAAAAAACAAGGAGUUUUAAAUUUUUUUUUUCAUUAUUCUGUUUGUCACCAGCUCAUUUCUCAGUAAGUUAAUGGGGCAGCAAAAACUAAUCCUGCCUGAGAAGGCUUUCGUGGGCACGUUCUGUAUAGUACAGAGUACUUCACUUUUAUCUGGGGCCAGUGUGGGGAAUGAACAUGAUUCUGGAUAUCUGGUGUUCAGGAUUCAAAUGUCUUAAAGAGACACAGCCAAGACAUUAUUAAAACUAAUAGUAAAGAUGGGGGUGUCUUAAGUUACGUUCUGGAUUUGAGCACCUUCCGAGGUUCUGUGUACAGGGCACCAGCCUCUAAAGUCACUGCUGAGUACACUUGAAGAACCAGAUUGUUUUUGGUGCUCUGCUUUUAAGUUUGUAUCUAUCUUCAGGUACCCAGUUCUGAAAGUUCUUGUUCAGGGUUGUAAUAGUAAUUGUUCUGUGAAUUUUUAAUUGAACUGUUGGUUUCGGCUUCCUUGAAAGCUGUGUCUCCAUUGAGAAGCUGGCUGCUACCUUUCCAGCAUUAGGAAUGAUUGGAAUUUGCUUGGGUUUAGAAUGUGUGGGGGUAUGUGAGAGUGUUUUGUCAAUUUACAUUUCUACCAUACUUUUACUGUUUCAGACAUUAAAUAUAAAAUUAACUCUACUUUCUCUUUUAUGUUGCAAUGGAACUUUUGAGGCAGUUAUUUUUGUUACUUUAUAAAUCAGAGGGAUUGUUUAUUUUAAUUGAGUUUGCUUUUGUUAUUUAGCACCAGAUAAUUUAGUGUUUAAAUAGAAACAAAACUAAACUGGGUAAUAAGAAUUGCCUAUUACUAUGAAAUUUUGAGCAUUAUGAUCAGAUUAAGAUGAGUUUUAAAUAAAACACUUAAAUGCCUCUCAUUUGUCAAGGAAAAGGUAAGUUUCAGUCUUUGAUUAUUAAGUUUGGGGAGGUUCUCUUUCUAUUCCCACCCCAACCAUAACUGGAAUACCAGCAAACCUAAUGUCACCCACAUAUUUAAAAUUCAAUGCAUGACCUGCUUUGAAAAGAAAGUGUACUUGCCUCUUGCCUUUUUUUUAAAAAAGUGGACAUAGUGAGUUACAAUAUAGGGUGGUGGAUUUUUUUCACAUCUAUAGAAAAAAUAUAUCAGCUUCAUUUCUUAGUUUAGCAACCAACUCCAGCAGGAAAGUUUCUUUUCAGAUGAAGUAAUGUACAAUAAGCACAGUGCUCCUGUAGAGGGACCAGACACUGCCAGUUCCCAUUUCACAUGCUACUGUGCCUAUUUUUAGGGGACAGGGUUUUUUUAAAGUACUGCAUAAGGAAAAAAAUUGUUUAUUUUCCCCCCACAAAAUGUUGUUAGUUUCAUAGUGGGAAGUAUCAGGUGGCAAAAAACUUUUGAAGUUUUUUUCCCCGUGAAUUCGGCUGGAGGAAGGCAAUACUUGGUUUUACAAAGGCCCUGCUGUUUCAGAAAGCACUGCUGGCAAGUGGCAGCAUAUGAGCUACCUGGCAACCUGCUUUUAUGUUACUUCCUUUUGAAAAGUGUGGAUGUCCUACUUUCUGCAGUAUGAUAGCAGUCCUGUUAGAAUUAGAUCCAAGGGUUUGACUUGAAUAUUUCCCUGGUUUCUGAGGUUUGCAGCCAUUUUUUCUUGAGGCCCUCCUGCCUUAGAAACCCAAGUACUGCAUUUCCUCUUGCUGAUAAGAUGGUAACUGCUUGUGUCAGGGAUGAAGUGUCACUCAACACUCAGGAAGCAAAGAUAAAAUUCAUGAGGUACAAAUUCAAAUUAUUUUAAAAAAAACCCCACAUUGCUUAACUCAUUAUGUCCAUUCUGUAGCAAAAGAAGGGUAAGCAUUAUGGGGAGAUGCUAACAGUUCUUUAAACUUCAAGCUUGUGUCAGCCUGUAUAUGAUAAAGUCUUUCUAAAAAAGAGUACAUUUGUAGAGGUAUUUUGCCUUUUUGAUGUAUUUUUCCUUAAAAAAAAAAAAAGAGUGACUUGGACCCCAGAUUCUUUUAACACUUAAAUGUGUACUUCGCAUAUGUGAAUUAGUCCAGUAUAAAGAAAACAGAGAACUGUAAGGUACUUAAAACAUAGAAGCACAUGUGUUACUAAGCCUGUGCUUAAGUGUUUAUAGGAUUUGGGACAUCAAAGAAAACACCCCUACUGCUCUUCUCCUGUUUAUAAAAAUAUAGCUGGUGAAGUUACUUGAACAAGCAUCUGUCACUCAUGGCUGAGCUCACUGAAGGAGAGCAGGAAAGAACAUAACUGGAAAGCACGAGUCAUCUAUUUAAACAGUUUGCUGGUGUCCUGUAGCUCACAUUCUGAGAUUGUUCAUGCUUGUUAAACAACUUGAAGCUGCUUGAAAUAAAUACUAAUGACUACUUUUACAUCUGUAUUCUAUUUUUGAAAGUUGGUGAGUAACUUGAAAAUUUCCAUUUGUAUGAGUAAACUUCGUAAAACGUAGUUGUAUGUGGCAGGAAAACUGAUUCGUUUUGACAACAGCUUUCCUGUAUGUCCCUCUACUAAAUUUUUAUUCACUUCCUGAAUUUCAAUUAAUGUUUAUAUAGUCUUUUAAAAAUAGCUUUCAAAAACCAAUUUCAAAUGUCUUUGGAUUAAUAUUAAGUUGGUAGCUAAGGGAAAAUCACUUCUAUUUGCAGAUAGUAGUUUUUAUUUAUGGCUCUGGUAGAAAACCUUACUGUAAGUCUAGAAAAUGAGGUGUUCUGUAGGACUGAAAGGUUACUUAGGGGGCUUUUAUUACCUCAGUGGGACCCACUUAACUUUUAUGUCAGUUCUGGAACAGGUGAAGGGAAGAGUGAGCUAUGUUUUUAUUUUAAAUAUUUUCCCUAUAUAUUGUUAUUUUUGUAGAUAUUUUUUAAAUAAAUUAUUAUAUGCUGGAGAUUGCAAUUCCACUAUAAUAUCCCAUGAUUCCAGUGUACAAUAUCAGAUUGUUUGUAUUGCAAAGAAUGUAUUUGAUAAGUUAACAGGAAAAGUUAUUUUCAAACUGUGCUGUGUUUGUGUCUAGCAAUUGGAAAUACUUUUCCUAUAGAAAAUUAAAAUUAAAUGUAUAUGACCUCAUAUCUACAUUUGGAUUAAUUGUCUAAUAAUUACCCAGGGCUGCUAUAAACUUCCUAAAUAAUUUAAGAAUUGCCUCUUUUUACUGUUUUAAAGCAUUUUUUCU